GUAGGGGAGAAGACAAACACCUCUGCCUUAACGGCACAGCCUUGCGAAUCCCGUGCCUCGCGCGAGGCGGGCAGUUUCCGAUGCAGUGACAUGCAGCAGCAGCAGCACGGAGGAAUUGAGGGGCCAUUUGGCGGGGCAGCAAUUGGAGGGAUAAAGAAAGGCCGGGCUCAGGCUUUGGAUCCCUCGUGCUCGCUUAUGGAAUGCACCAGAUGGAACUUAUCGCGAUAUAUGUCUAGUGUUGCCAUACGAGUAUGCUUCUCUUUGAUGAAAUCGCUUCAUCUACCCCGCGUUGACCACACUCAUGACCCCGCAUCAUCCAGUUUCAGCAUCGCCGUCUGCUUUCUCCAGCUCGGUCCAAGCUCAAACUUGAAGUCUCUGUUCAACAACCAUCAUCAGUAUCUCAACGUCAAAGCUCUCAAGACGGACGAGCUGAAUGAGUAUCUACACAAGCAUCCCCCCAUGCCGCCGCCUCCCAACUUGCCAUCGUCAAUUGAGCAAACAUCUUCACCACAUCACCAUCUCCACUCGUACUCCAUACUUUCCCUCCUCCCCAGAACAAACCCCACGCUUCUCAUCCAGGCUCGCUACUAUUAUUCUCCAGCAAAGCUUGCCUCUUCCUCGAUUGCCGGCCUAUUCCCUACUCCUAAUCUCCCGCCGUCUUCGGAUCUCAAAGCGCAUCACGUCCUCGUGGGAGUCGGGGUUCAGUCGGCCGAGCCGCAGCAGCUGGAAUCGCACCUCUUCGGUGGCUUCCCCUCCGAAAUGGUCUCCUCCUCGACGUCCGGUGGCUAUAAGCGGCUAUUCUUUCUUGCUCUCCCCAAGCAUAAAACAGAGUAUUACUGA